GCCAGAGGAUCUCUGCUGGAAAAAACCACUACUGAAUGGAAGAAAUACAAACAAGAAUGCUUGAAAAUGCUGAAGGAAUCGACUGUAGAUACUGGAAUACAUUGUAAUGGGACAUUUGAUCAAUUUGUUUGCUGGCCUUAUUCAUCCCCAGGAAAUGUCUCUGUUCCUUGCCCUUCAUAUCUGCCAUGGUUGGAAAACGGAAGUGUAGGAAAUGUAUACAGAGUCUGCUUGGAUGAAGGGACUUGGCAAAUGAAGGAAAACUCCACAGACAUUUGGCGUGAUAGUUCAGAAUGUUCCGAGAAAAAUCAUUUCAAAAAAAAUGAAGAAGAACAUAGAUUACUUACCACAUUACAGCUGUUGUACACUAUAGGAUAUUAUUUUUCUCUCAUCUCACUUGUAUUAGCUCUCCUUAUACUUUCUUUACUCAGAAAACUUCACUGCACAAGAAACUACAUUCAUAUGAAUUUAUUUGCAUCUUUUAUUUUACGUGCCACAGCAGUCCUUAUAAAAGACACCGUAUACUACAAUAUUUACUCCAAAAGACCAAAUGAUGAAACUGGAUGGAUAUUAUACCUCAGUCCUGAGAUUGUAAUAAUUUGCAGGACUGCCCAAUUUUUCAUGCAUUACUUUGUUGGAGCAAAUUAUUUUUGGCUAUUAGUAGAAGGAAUUUAUCUGCAUACAUUAUUGAUAACUGUUGUACUCUCUGAAAGACGACUGUUACAGGCAUACAUUGUGAUAGGAUGGGUUGUUCCUAUCCUGUUUGUGGGCCCCUGGGGAAUAAGCAGAUCAAAACUGGAGAACACAGGGUGCUGGGGAACAAAUGAACACAUGGGAAUUUGGUGGAUCAUCCGAGGACCAAUGUUGUUUUCAAUCGCAGUUAACUUUGGCAUCUUCUUAAAAAUUCUCAGGAUGCUGAUUUCUAAACUAAAAGCUCAGCAAAUGAGCUUUCAUGACUACAAAUACAGAUUGGCGAGAUCUACGCUUGUGCUGAUUCCAUUGUUAGGGAUCCAUGAAUUUGUAUUUACCUUCAUCACUGAUGAACAGGUGGAAGGACUUUCAAGACAUAUAAGACUUUUCAUUCAGCUGACAAUGAGCUCAUUUCAU